AUGUGUUCUAAGCAAUUUUCUAAACUAGCAAACCUGAAAAGACACUUGAGACUCCAUACUGGAGAAAAGCCAUUCUCCUGUGAUGCGUGUUCUAAGGAAUUUUCUCUUCUGGCAAACCUGAGAAGACACUUGAGACUCCACACUGGAGAAAAGCCAUUCUCCUGUGAAUUGUGUUCUAAGGAAUUUUCUCAUCUGGCAACCCUGAGAAGGCACUUGAGAUUCCAUACUGGAGAUAAGCCAUUUUCCUGUGAAGUGUGUUCUAGGGAAUUUUCUCAACUUGCACAACUGAAAGUGCACUUGAGAACCCAUACUGGAGAAAAGCCAUUCUCCUGUGAAAUAUGUUCUGGGAAAUUUUCUCAACUAGCAAACCUGAGAGAACACUUAAGAACCCAUACUGGAGAAAAGCCAUAUGCAUGUGAAGUGUGUUCUAAGCAGUUUUCUAAACAAGCAAACCUAAAAAGGCACUUGAGAACCCAUACUGGGGAAAAGAUGUUUUCCUGUGAAAUGUGUUUAAAGAAAUUUUCUCAGCGAAAAAAUCUGAAAGACCACCUGAGAACCCAUACUGACGAAAAGCCAUUUCCCUGUGACCCUGAGAAGACCCUUGAAAAUCCAUGCUAGGGAAAAGGCAUAUUCCUGUGAAGUGUGUUCUACGAUGUUUCUUCGCUCCACCACGCUAACACAACACUUGAAAUUUUAUACUAAAGAAGUGUCCAAUAGGGGAGUUUUCGAUUUUUUAAUUUAAUUUUUAUGUGAUAGAGUAGCAUGUAUGAACAUCAUAGGUGAAAAAAAUUUUGCGAUACGAUAAGUAAUUUUUUUUAAAUUAAUUUUUAAAGUUCAAGCAGUUGUAACGUCAAAUUUCACUAGAAGUGACGUCAUGAGCUCUUCCGCUGCAGGAGAAGCCGAAGGACGUGCAGUUGACUUCGAAGACGAAACGUAAGGCUUACCUCCUCGCGGUUCUGGAACA